AUGGUUUCCCACAAGGUCUUCGUGGCAAUAAUCCUGCUCAACCUGUACAUAGGCGUGCAGUCGAUUUUCUAUCUGUUUGGAGGAGUCAUUAUGACGGUCCUCUUUGCCAUGGCUUUCCUGAAUGGACCGCGGCUGUUGGACUGGGCCAACUCUCCUCCACAUCUGCAGUUCAAUAAGUACGUCCUGACCGGGUACCGACCCAUUUCAUCCGUGCAAGACUGCAUCAAGAGCCUGUUCUACCUGCACAACGAGCUGGGGAACAUCUACACACACGGUGAGUGA